AUGAGCCGGAACCCGCAGUCCGUCCCUCACUCGGUGAGGACCAGGAGCGACUAUGAACCGGUCCGGAACCUGCGAACCGAGACCCGCUUCAGCAGCUGGACUCCGCUGAGCAACAAGCAGGGCAACACACAGCUGUUUGAUGAGCGGCUGAAGCUGCUGCUGCACUGGUUUGAUCUGUGGACGGACCGACAGAGGAAACAGCUGCUGCUCUCUCUGCUCACACGGUGCACCAAAUCACAGCUCGAGUACUGUCAGGAUUUGCUGACUGAGGCGGUUCCGGUGACCCAGGUGGACUUCACAGCGGUGCUGCCUCGGUUUCUGUCCCUCUAUGUGAUGUCCUUCCUGUCCCCCCGUGACCUCUGCAGUGCCGCCCAGGUCAGCUGGCACUGGAGGGUUCUGGCUGAGCAGGACUGUCUGUGGGCGAGCCGGUGCAUCAGAAGAGGCUGGUUCUUGCCCUACAGUCCUGCAGACAAAGAGUUUGGAGCCUGGAAGAACCACUACAUCACCUGCGUCCUCACAGUGGACUGGCUCAGCCCACAGGAGGCAGCACAGAAGUACAGGACUCUGAAGCAGCAGAGCUGGGGAGCGAUGGAGGAGGAUGAGGAGGAGGAGGAGGAGAGGAGGGUCAGGGAGAAGAUCAGGGACAAGAUUCAGGAGGAGAAGAGAGUAUCUCUGAGAACCAGGAGAGCCUGGGGCAGCUCCACAAAGCCACAGUGGUCCAGAGGUGGAGGUUCCCAGUUGGGGAGGGCCAGCUCAGGUGUAGCCUUCGUCUCCUGGCCUCCGAGGGCUGGUGGAUCUUCCAGCUUUUGUCUUAACCUGGAUGGGAGACGACCUACAACUGCAGAUCAGAGCCCGGAGAGAGUGCAGGUCUCCAGCCUAAGCAGUGAAGGACGGACCAGAGCCAGAGGAAAGCAGUCCACCCCCAGACCUGCACCGGACCACUCAGUCUCCUCCCCACGGCCCACAGCUCCCCUCCUGCUGCUCGUCUCCAACAGAACUCCUGCUUAUGAGCUGCUGCUGAGCGGCGUGAAGGCCGGAGUGAUGGUGCUGCUGUACGACCACAGAGGGACUCUGUCAGCUGUGCUCACCCAGGUGGAGAGAGCCCUGUGUGGACAGCCGGCUCAGAGGCUCGGCCUGCUGGCACCAGGAGGAACGGAGGAACUUCAUCUGCUUUAUAGCAGCAGCCUAUCAGAGAGGACACUGCUGACCCCUGACCACAGAGGAUUCUGGGAAGCGCUGUGUGGCUGGGUUGCACCGACUGACCAAGGAGGAGGGAUCGACAUCUUCUCCCCGCUGGCUGCAUCUGCAUCAGGAGUGGCUCUGAUCCAACGUCUGUCUGCUCUGACCGGUCUGGAGGUUCGGGCACCGCUGGGUCUGGCCACUGGGAGUUUCCAGAACAUCCUCAGUGAGUGGUCGGACAGCAGCGUGAGUCCUGGGCAGUCGGACCAGCAGCCAACACCUCCGCCUCUGCAGUAUGUGAGUGAUGGCGUGCUGCAGUUCUGGUGCAGACAGGCCCAGUGGAUGGAGGAGGCUCUGGUGGAGCUGAGGGGCUCCAUGGGGCCACAGAUCCAGCAGGCCAGUCUCCAGGCCCGGGGCCGAGCUCUGGGUUAUUUCCUGUGGGAGGAAGGCUGCCUGGACCAGCUCUGUGUGUCCAAAGAUCUGAGUGAGGCUCUGACUGAAGGACUCACUGCUCUGACCAGACAGGAGGAGACCAGACCUGUGGAGUUUCUCUCAACCUUCCUGACCAGAUGGAGUAAAGAGAAGGAGGGACAGCAGAGUGACGGAGAGGACCAGAGGAGAAACCAAGCAGCAGAUGAUUUGUCUUCAGCACCACAUGAGUCACAGACGGGCUUCAGCCUGAUACCUGAGCUCGCACAGGCACCGUUGGAUUGGAGAGGCUCGGUGGCCAGAGAGCUGCACCACAGUGAGCGUCUCUAUCUGGGAAGGCUGCGUGCCGUGCUGAAGGUUUACCAGGAGCCUCUGACAGCAGCUCUGGACUCCAACAGGGCCAUUCUCAGCCACACCGACAUCCAGGUCAUCCUCAGUCCUGUCACGCUCAUCCUGGAGCUUCACCGGGUGUUUGAGGCAGACCUGCAGUCCAGGCUGCAGCAGUGGGGAGCAGAGCAGUGUGUUGGAGAUGUGUUUGUAAAGUUCUGCUCCAAACUCAGAGUCUACAGCAACUACCUCAACAACUACACAACGGCCCUCCGGACUAUUGAUAAGUGCAGAGAGGACAAGCCUUUGUUUCGGCCGUUCCUGAGCAGAGCAGACAGAACUGUGGCGACGCACAUGCUCAGCCUGCAGGAGCUGCUGCUGUGUCCGGUGUGGAGAAUUCAGGAGUACGUGACUCUGCUUCAAGCUCUGACCUUCCACACAAGCCCUGACCACGCUGACCACACACACCUCUGCUCUGCCCUCGGCACGCUGCUGCGAUUCAGAGGUUUCAUACAGCAGUUGAAGCGUAACUCGGAGGCAGAUGGGCUGAUAGACGAGACGCAGCGACUGAUCCAAGGCUGUCCGAACCUCAAGGAAGGAAACCGGCAGCUGAUCAUCACUCAGGAUGCUGCUUUGCUCCGGAGUCCAGAUGAACACGUUCCAGAUUCUCUCAGGACCUAUGAGCAGGUGUGUGACGUGGGCCUCUUCCUGUUCAGUGAUGCUUUGGUGCUGACCCGCAGAAACGUGCAUCACACACCGUUCACGCUGGCUCACCGCAGCACACACACAUUCCUGGCCUCAGUGGAGCUCAGCAGCCUGACUGUCAGAGAGAUCACACAUUCACGCUGUGUGAGCCACGCCUUCGUUCUUCAGGGUCCUCGUCGUUCGUGGGUUUGUGCCCCAGAGAGAGGGGACGAGAAGGAGCACUUCCUGUCUGUGCUGCGUUCAGCCAUCCACUGUGCUCUGAGAGGACAUCAGUGA